AUGGUUCGCUUCUACAGAGUCUCCGCUGCGACCCUCGUCACCGCCGCCACCGUCUCCGCCAUCCCCAUCCCAUGCCUCCUUCCCUUCCUCAGCGGCGCUGGUAGCCUCCUGGGAAGCUCCGGCCUGGGUGCCAGUCUCGGUCUCGGUGGCAGUGCCAGCGGCAGCGGCAGCGCCGACUUGGGCGCCAGCCUUGGUGGUAGCGGCAGCGGUAGUGGAAGUGCUGGUGCUGGUCUCGGUGCUGACCUCGGCGCCGGUCUGAGCGGCAGCGGUGGUCUGGGUGCCCUUCUGGGCGGUGGUGCCGGUGCCAGUGCUACCGGUGCUGCGGGUGCUGGUGCUUCGGGAGCUGCCGGUCUUGGUGGCUCCGCUGGCCUGGGUGGAUCUGCUGACCUGGGCGCUGAUCUGGGUGCCGGUCUUGGUCUGGGUGGAAGUGGCAGCGCUGGUGCUGGACUUGGAGCCAGCCCUACUGGAGCUGCGGGUGCUGGUGCCUCGGGCUCUGCUGGCCUGGGCGCUGGUCUUGGUGGAUCUGCUGGCCUCGGUGGCUCUGCCGGUCUUGGUGGCAGCGCUGGUCUCGGCGCGGGUCUGGGAGGAAGUGCCACUGGUGCUGCUGGUGCCGGUGCUUCUGGCGCUGCUGGCCUCGGUGGCUCUGCUGGCCUGGGUGGCAGCGCCGGCCUUGGUGCUGGUCUUGGAGGAAGUGCUACUGGCUCCGCUGGCGCUGGUGCUUCCGGUGCUGCUGGUCUCGGCGGUUCCGCCGGUCUUGGUGGCUCCGCCGGUCUGGGCGCUGGUCUCGGUGGCAGCGCUACCGGUGCUGCUGGCGCGGGUGCUUCCGGCGCUGCUGGCCUUGGUGCUGGUGCCGGUCUUGGAGGAAGUGCUACCGGAUCUCUCGGUGCCGGUGCUUCGGGUGCCGCUGGCCUCGGUGGCUCUGCUGGCCUCGGUGGUAGCGCUACCGGUGCUGCUGGCGCUGGUGCCUCCGGCGCUGCUGGUGCUGGUCUUGGUGCUGGCCUUUCCGGCUCUGGCUCUGCCGGUCUCUCUGGAUCUGGAUCUGCUGGUCUCGGUGCUGGCGCUGGUCUUGGUGCCAGCCCCAGUGGCAGCGUCGGUGCUAGCCCUAGCGCUAGUGCCGGUCUUGGUGCCGGUCUUUCUGGAUCUGGCUCCGCUGGUCUCUCUGGAUCUGGAUCUGCUGGCCUCGGUGCGGGUGCUGAUCUCGGUGCUUCCGGCGAUGCCUCGGGUGAUGUGAGCGGCAGCGGAUCCGGCUCUGCUUCUCUCGGUGCCGGAGCUUCUGGCAGCGGCGAUGACGAUACUGAUGUCGGUGUUUCCCCCACCACUGCGGAAGCUCCCAGCGCCACCACCACUUGGGUCAGUGCCUCUACCAGCGUCUCUCUCGGUCCUUACGGCGGCGCCAGCGGCAGUAUCACGGCUGGAGGAUCCACGGGCGGCGACGACAGCGACGAUUCCGGUGCCGGAGCUGAUGCCGAUGCAGAUGCGGAUGCUAGCGCGGAUGCCGAUGCCAGCGCGGAUGCCGAUGCCGAUGCCGAUGCCAGCGGUAGCGGAAGUGCUGAUGCCAACGCUAGUGCUGGGGCCUCCGUUAGUGGUAGCGCUGAGGCCUCUGCUAGCGCUAAUGCGAAGGCUUCUGCGUCCCUGAACUUCUCUGCUUAA